UGCCUAUAUCUCUAUACGAACAACUUGCCCACAUCUGCUGCCAUUAUCGACGCCGCAAAAAUCAGAAGUAAACGAAGGGAGCUUCGAAAUAGGAGGAAACACAUCGCUCUCUGAAUCGAUCGAUCCGAUCUGUUCUUACGCUCCGUUGCUUGUGUCCUGAUUUCCUUGCAGUUAUGCUUAUCAACAACUUGUUGUUCUGAUAGUUCGAUAUUAGCUACCAAGUUAAUGUUUCAUAGCCGCGUAUUUUCUUUUUAUUGUGGGUUUCCGAGUCUUUGGACGCUGAGGCUGAGGCUGUGGAUUUUAUUUUGAUACCUAUUUGUAAUGGCCGCUUUGAAGGAGCUUCUCCCUCCUGUUAAGUCUUCCACCACCACCUAUUAUGAUCACACGAGUGAUCCCUGGUUUAAGCAGCGGUUUAGCACAUCAGAGUCAGAGCAGACUGCUGUGAUCAAACAUAAACUGGUACCUCCAUAUGGUAAGCGUCAAGGUUUUGUUCCCAGAAAGGUUGAGGAUUUUGGGGAUGGGGGUGCUUUCCCUGAGAUUCAUAUCGCACAGUACCCUCUGGACAUGGGUAGGGAUAAAUCUUCAAGGUUGGCGUCGAAAAUUCUGCCAGUGACUGUUGAUGCUCAUGGGAAUGUAGCGUAUGAUGCUAUUGUGAAGCAAAACGAGAAUGCCAAGAAGAUUGUCCACUCUCAACAUAAGGAUCUUAUUCCAAAGAUUUUAAGGAAUGAGGAAGAGGAUGAGGAUGAUGAAGAGCUUCAAGAGAUUGAGGAAACAACCCAGGAAACAAAAUCUGCACUUGAAAAGAUUGUGAAUGUGAGAUUAAGUGCAGCUCAGCCUAAGAAUGUACCCAAACAUUCAUCUGACUCAAAGUAUAUCAAGUAUAAACCUUCACAGCAAUCGGCAGCUUUCAAUUCAGGUGCUAAAGAAAGGAUUAUUAGAAUGAUGGAGAUGCCUGUGGACCCUCUUGACCCGCCAAAGUUCAAGCAUAAGCGGGUGCCCAAGGCUUCUGGGUCUCCUCCUGUACCAGUCAUGCAUUCCCCACCUAGGCCUGUGACUGUGAAAGACCAACAAGAUUGGAAAAUCCCUCCUUGUAUCUCAAACUGGAAGAACCCAAAAGGUUACACAAUCCCGCUUGACAAGCGUCUUGCAGCUGAUGGUAGAGGACUUCAGGACGUUCAAAUUAAUGAUAAUUUUGCCAAGCUAUCAGAGGCGCUUUAUGUUGCUGAGCAGAAGGCUAGAGAAGCAGUUGCAAUGAGAUCGAAAGUUCAGAAAGAAAUGCUUAUGAAGGAGAAGGAAAGGAAGGAGCAAGAAUUACGAGCAUUAGCAGCAAAGGCGCGAUCUGAGAGAACCGGUGUGGCUCCCCCUUCUGCUGUUCCGAUGGCAUCUGAGAAUGGUGUGAUUGAUGGUGCCAGUAUGAGAGGGGAUUAUGAACCAGUGAGGGAGAAGGACAUGCCAAAGGAGACAAGGGAGGAAAGGGAAGAGCGGGUAGGACGGGAGAAAAUUCGUGAAGAGCGACGUCGAGAGAGGGAGAGGGAAAGGAGGUUGGAAUCCAAAGAUGCUGCAAUGGGGAAAAGGAGUAAGAUUACAAGAGACAGGGAUCGUGAUAUUAGUGAGAAGGUUGCCCUUGGUAUGGCUUCAACUGGAGCUGGAAGAGGUGGAGAGAUCAUGUAUGAUCAAAGGUUGUUCAACCAGGAGAAGGGGAUGGAUUCUGGGUUUGCCACUGAUGACCAGUACAAUGUCUAUAGCAAAGGCUUGUUUACAGCUCAGCCAACACUUUCAACGUUGUAUAGGCCAAAGAAAGAUGCUGAUACAGAUGUGUAUGGAGGUGCAGAUGAGCAGUUGGAGAAGAUCAUGAAAACUGAUCGUUUCAAACCUGACAAAGCAUUUGCAGGGACUUCUGAUAAGGCUGGUCCAAGAGAUCGGCCAGUUGAGUUUGAGAAGGAUGCUGAAGAAGCUGAUCCAUUUGGUUUAGAGCAGUUCUUGACAGAGGUAAAGGGAGGUAAGAAAGCCAUGGAAAGGGUGGGCACUGGUGGAACUAUGAAGGCAAGUGCUGGGUCUUCCAUGCGAGAUGGUUAUGAUGGUGGCUCUGGUAGGACUCGUAUUGGGUUUGAGAGGGGCCGUUAAGAAGCUUGAAGUAGGAUCUGUUAUAUUGAGAAUUAGUACGAAUUGUGUUCUUUUUCCCUUUGUUCUAUAUCCAAUAAGUCACUUGAAAAUGUGGGAUUUUAGUCUUAAUCCAAUGAACACUAUAAUGUGUUAUAAUGUGCUGUACUCUGCUACAUAUUGCUGUUUUAACUGGUGGCAACAGUGGCUGUUGCAGUACGUUGUGCCAUUUGCUUAGUAAUUUGUGUUUAGUAUUCAAUUUCAUAUGGUCAUUCAGCAUGAUA